AAGCUUUGCACCAAAACAAGAGCCUCUGGAGAGGCUGGAGCGGUGCGGGGAAUUACUGGCGGCAGCAAUACUGCCAAGGCAGGAGAGGAGGCUGCAGAACUCCAGAGCAGCGGCAGCCACCCGCCGGCGCUAAUGGGAAUGCGAGCGAAGGAGCUGUUCCAGUGCUGACCCUGGGAGAAGCUGCAACAGCAACGCCAUCUUGCUCCAGCUCUGCCCUCCCCCCAACACUGCACAGCAGCAGUAUGGAGGACGAUUUUGCUUGCCAAGUCAAGAAGAUGGCCUUGGCCAUGGGUGCAUCCCUGACUGACAAAGAUCUUGACCUGCUGCCUUCAGACAUGAGGCAUCAUGCUUCAUUCAACUACACCAAGUUCUUAGACUACAUGCAGAAGUUUCUGACAUCAGACCAGCGGGAGACGAACUUGCGAAAGGCCUUCCAAGUGCUUGACAAGGAUGGCAGCGGCUUCAUUGAGUGGAAUGAAAUCAAGUACAUCUUGUCCACAGUGCCCAGCAACACGCCAGUGGUUCCCUUAUCAGACGAAGAGGCUGAAGCCAUAAUCCAAGCAGCUGAUACUGAUGGGGAUGGGAGGAUCGAUUUUCAAGAAUUUUCCGAUAUGGUCACAAAAGAGAAGGUCCCAAAGAAAAAAUAG